UUAAAGCCACACAUUUUUCUUCUCAUCCUUUUGUUUUCUCUCCCCCUUUCUUCCACUCGAUCACCACAGCUCGAAAGUAAUCAGAGAGAUAUGGAGCUCGAUUCCACCACCGCUAAGCGCAGACUCUCUACCGUCGCCGCUCACUUCCCCUCAGUAACCAACGAUCCCAUCUCCACCGCUUCUCUCGUCCCCUUGAACUGUAGUAGCAGUUUGAACUCUGUCAUCAGAAGCUGUGACAACAAAAUUGCUUUUGCUCGCCAAGCAUCUUCUGAACAAGGCUUUUUCAUGAGGCAGGCUUCCACUGACCAGUUUAUACCUCAGACUGGCGCCAUCACUUUGAAGAACUCUGUCAUUAGAAGAGGUGACAACAGACUCUAUUUUGCUCGACAAGCAUCUUCUGCACAAGGUCCUUUCAUGAGGCAGGCUUCCACUGAUGAGAGGACCAUACUACAGGACUCUGCAUCUACUAAGUCCUUUGCGAUCCCUUCUUCACAACAACAACCAUUGCUUUCCAGACCUGAGUACGCCCCACCACAGUUUUCCAAGCCGACCGCAAAAGCAGAGUUCCUUGUCUCUUCUGAUUUGUUAAACCAGCCAAAGAAAAACUUGGAAAAGCCAUAUAACCCUGACCUUCCUAAGUUAGCCAAUCCAGGGGGUGUUUGGUCUCCGAGAUCGAAUGUUGCAGAAUAUGAACAUAACUAUGUUGUGGCAGUAGAGCUACCAGGGGCCAGUAUCAAUGAUAUAAGAGUGGAGGUCGACAACAUAAACUUGACUGUGACAGGUAGACGCACAGCUGUCUGUCAAAAAGUUGAUGCAGGCACCAAAGGUUCAAUCUGUGGGUAUCACAAGCAAGAAAUACUACAAGGACCAUUCAAAGUUUCCUGGCCAUUACCUAGCAAUGUGAACAAGGAUAACGUUUCUGCUGAAUUUAUGGAUGGGAUCCUGAGAGUAGUGAUUCCAAAGCUUUGAGGGGUCAUCGUUCUGGAACCAUAUACGUUUACAGUAAACUGUUUGUAUAAUAUAUGCUGUUUGUGUGGAAGAAGGGGAAGAAAAAGCAAUAAUUGAUGAGAGAUAUGUAAAAUAGUUUGGUCUUAAUUUAUCAUAUGCUCAGUUAAUAGUGUAAGCCAUGUAAACAAUCCAUAUAUAUAUAAAUAUAAAAAAUAAGGCUGAUUACUACCAAGA